GCUUUGCUUAUGCUUCAUUCUCCUCAACAUGGCUGACGGAAAAUCUUGUUCCUGUUUAUCCUGUUUGCUAUUGUGAAGAUCAAGAACCUUCUUUUGCUAUGGGGGCAUCUUUCACAAGGAAUCGCAAUAAUGGGGAAGAGAGUGGUGAUGCGUCCUCUCAAGGCGCCUACAGAUACCCGCCGAAAACAGGCAGUUACUUUGGGACCCACUUCAUCAUGGGUGGAGAACGAUUUGAGUCACCACAGCCUGGAGAAUACCUCUUUGGAGACAGUGAAGAACUUAACUUCUUAGGCAACAAGCCUAUGCCUUUUCCAUAUCCUGUCCCGUCUGGAAAUGAUCCAACGAAAACAUUGAAAAGCUUGGUUUACAUUCGCAAAGAUUCACUUCGAAUUGUGAAAACUCCAGGGGCCACACAAGAUGCAGCUGGAGAUGGGACCAGCAUCCCAUACAACAUUGAGUUCAUUCUUGACUCAGAUGUCAGGUGUGCCGUCAGGAUUCACUAUUUUGCAUCGGAGGAAGUCAUGAAUGGCCAGAUUGUAUACCAUUCAAAGGACAGUUCCAUGAGUUCUGAAAUAUUUCAUUACAAAAGAGGAUCUGGACAGUCUUUCAGUCAACCUUCUCACACAGUUGAGCCGGCGAAAUAUCCUGAGGAGGAUUGGCAGUACAGUUAUGACAAAGAAGUCUACCCUAUUGCUAUUCAUUGUACAGUUGAAGAGGAAGAGCAUGCUGGGCAUGCACACAUUACUUACGCUGCCAUCGAAAGAAGUCAGGAGGGGAGCUAUGCCAUUAAACCCUUGAAACAGAAACAGGUUGUGGAUGGUCUCAGUUACCUACUACAGGAGAUUUACGGCAUAGAGAACAAGAACAUGGAAAGAAUGAAGGAUGUUGAUCCUGAUGAUGAGGUGGAAGAUAGUGGUGCAGAGUGUGUUAUCUGCAUGUCUGACAUGCGUGACACGCUCAUAUUGCCAUGUCGACAUCUGUGUCUGUGCAGCAGCUGUGCUGACUCUCUGCGCUACCAGGCCAGUAUGUGUCCAAUUUGCAGGGUCAAGUUCAGAGCUCUGCUGCAGAUCAGGGCCAUGAGGAAGAAAGUUGCUCCAACAUCGACAAAUUCUCCACAGUCUGAUUCUGAAGACAAUCCUGUGAAUCAAGAAGGUGUACCUCAAGGGUAUGAAGCAAUAUCUCUGAUAGAAGCUCUCAAUGGACAAGUUGUUCCUCCUAUCAGUAACGAAGGCGUCCACCUGCAGAUAUCUGGACCACCUUCUAUGUUCUCAGUGGAAAAGAAGGGCCAGAAGGACAAUAAGAUCACUGUGUCAGGACCUAUUGAGUAUCAAAAAGAAAUGGACACAGAUAAAGAAAGCAGUAAGGGUACGCUUGAGAAGAAAAAAGAUGUUGACAAGGUCUUGUACACAACAGAUGUGACUUCUACUGAGGCAAACUCUGAUGCCACUCCAGAUGAAGUUGCUCCUCGCCCUGUUGUGAAGGACUCGGCCCCUUCGCCUCUCAAGUCAACCGUUGUUACUGUCAGGUGCUCCCCUGAUGGCUCAAUUACUACAGAGACAAAGAUAUCUCCUGUGAGAGAAACUGAGCUCAUUCCAGCAAAGCCCGCCCAGAGACCCACCGAGGCUCAACGAGGAGCAUUCAAGACAAACAUAGACAUAGGUAGAUUAACCUGUGGUCUGUCGACCGGAGACAUGGCUGAUGAUGAACGUGAGGACAGCUCUGAACCAGAACCAGAACCAGAUUUUGAGGAACAUGACAGUGAUGAUCCUGCCACUACUACAACCACCAGCAAUCAGGAUUACUAUGGUGCCGGCUCAGCGUCGGGGAGCCUGUGUGAGCUGGCAGACACCCAAGCUGUCGUGGAGCACCACCACCAUGAGUUUUCAGCUGCGGAACGGGGUGAGUUCUAUGAUCCACUUCAAGUGGUCAGCCUCACGGACAUUCACAGCAGUGGCACAGAGGGCUCCAGUUUUGGCAGUAACUGCUCUAGUCACGCUCUGCUCAGCCCGGCUGAGCAACAAGUAGCACAGGUUGUCAGUGAGGAUGUGGAGAGAGAAGCCAAACCGCAAGAUAAUCCAGUUGACUGAAACACCUGCAGGAUACCCGUUGAGUGGUGGUGGAUGGGACUAAUGUGUGCUAACCUGCUCACUUAUUACAACUCGUGCUGCCAGUCUUAUAAGAUUCAUCAGUGCAUGCUCUGCCAACUUCACUAUUUUCUAAUCUGUUGGGAAGUUUUGAAUGGCUGAACUUUUUCAGUAUCAGUCGCUUCCUUUGGUUCUAUAACAACAGAAAACAAUGCAGAAUGCUACAAGGAGUUGUUGGAAAAGUGUGUCUGGUAGGCCUACUAUAAGAACAGUUACAGUGUUUCUUGAACAAUGUGCAAUGCAGCUUCCUCAGAUAUUAGCACAAGCUAGCACAGAUCUGAACUUUGUCUAUUGAAAAGAGGAACUUGACAUGAGACAUUCUGAUUUUGUUUUUGUAAAUUGUUGGACAAAAUUUCAUACUUACUGCCUCCUCAAUGACUUAUGUUUCCUUGUUGCUGUUUACUUGAAACGUCCUGUAGUUUUAAAGCGAAGUCACAAUUUGCAGAUAUGCGACUGGAAGUCUUUGAGAUAGUUAUGAGUGCUUACGUUGCACUUUCAUGUUGUAUUUUGCUUGUUUUGAAUGCCUGAAAGGUUUUCUUUUACCUGGUUGGAGUGAAUGUACUGUGGUGUAAAUACUUUUGUGCAGUUUUUCAAAGUUUGCUAUAAACAGUGCACAGUGUUGAUAAUUUAUUGCUACAGUUCACAUCUUUUUGAUGGAGAUUGUUUUGAAUUUCUUGCAGAAGCCUCAAGUAUGAGCUACAUUUUGUGUAUGGUGCCCUCUUCAAUGUCGAAAUAAUGAAAGGGGCUUCUUUAAAAUUCUAAAUGAUGUGGGGAAUUUUAAUAUUGCGAUGUUUUAGCAGGUUGUUUUGUGUUUGUGUUUGUGUGGUGUUUCUGAAAAGUGUUUUAUCUGCAUAGAGAUAUCUAAGAAGACAUUUUCCUGCACAGUUACACCGAUAGAUAAGGGUGUUAACGUUGCAGUUUUACUUUUAAUUCUGUGCCUGUGGAUUGCUGGAGAAGAAUUUUCAGUUCACUCUUGUGGUGACUCCAGCUGUCUGUUAGUUACAUCAGUGGGUAUUACUUAUUAGUCAUUCCUAGGGGCACAGAUUGAUUGGGUGCUGGGCAUUCUCGAACCUGGGGUCGUUUUGAUGAGUUUUCAAGGCUCUCGACCUAUUUGGCUCAGUCCUAUCAGAUACGGACGCUAAAUACAGAGGUGCCACCUCUUGAAUAACCAAAUAGUGUUGAUUAGGGCCUUAAACCCAUGCACUUAUUUACAGAUUGACUGUUCGAUCAGGAAACCUGCGGCUGAAAGUGUAGCUCACCGAUUGAUGGUUUUGGCAGUGUUAUCUAUGGAACUAUUGGUUGGCCAAUAAUUAACCAGCUGGUUAGACCCUUCUGUAUUGUGUGUGGGCGAAUUCGCUGAAAUAAACAUGGUUGGGGAGGGGGGGAUAUUACAGUUAAUCAGGUAAUAAAAGCAUUUAAUUGGUGUACACGUUCCAAAUGUGUAUAGACUCUACUAAAAAUGAGACACUUGUAAUAUAUUUCUGGUUCAGGCCUUUUUUUGUGCUUUCACUUGAGUUUUGAAGACAGUUCUUUAUUGUAAAUGUUGCUUCCAAGAUUUCAAGAAUUCAUCGCCAUCCUUGACAAAAUGAACGAAUCUUAGUAUGGAACUUUUGCGACAAGUGCUAUAAAUGGUAAUGGAAAUGUUUUUUAAGGUAUUUUUGAUGAUUGUAAGUGAUUUCAAUGACUUUUCUUUGCCUCAGGAAGACUUGGAAAGUGAUGAUUCAGAUUGGGAUUAUGAUGUGGAUAAGUCGAACGAGAGAUCUAGAUCUAGAUGUGCCCCAUCAGCUAGCUUAUCAAAUCAGGUUUUUUUAGUAUACUUUUAUUAUGCAUGAAAUACAAUUUGUCUGGGGUUGUUUUGUUGUUUUUUUGCUUCAAUAACAACUUACUUGGUUGCGUACUACAGUAUUCAUUUCGAAAUUGCAUUGCCAAUGUUUUCCACAAGUAAAUGAUCAUAACUAUUAGAAUGUUUUACUAAAAAUACUAAACCCAUGCAUUUUCUGAAAAUUAAAAAAUUUUCUCCAACUAUAAAAACAGAUUACAACCUUAGUUUCCAAACGUCUGGGGAUGAUUUUGAUUGUUUCAGAUUUUCUCAUUUUGGUCAAAGAUUAAGGACAAAGUGUUUGAAAUUUUAUUAUUUGCAUGAACUUCAGUGUGAAAGUUGACCAACCCAUCCAGUUUCUUUUCCGAAAAUGUAUGGUUUUAGGUGCUUUGACUUCCCUCCGAUCCUUCUACCUUUUAUGGUCAGACCCUUAAAACAUGUGCACACACACACACACACACACACACACACACACACACACACACACACACACACACACA